UAGAGCAAUAAAAUGAGAAAGCCCGAGUAAUGCUAGGAAAACUAUAAUGAGUUCAUUUUACACCAAACAUUUACAUAUCUUUAUUUCAAUAUUAGCCAUUUUAUCAUUAGUUGCUAUCAUUUUUCAAUCAAAAAGUUCAAAUUCUUUUUCAAAUUUCUUCUAUUUUGCACCAUCUUCUUGGUUUUGGCCUACAACAAAUACAAAUUCAACUCAAAAUAAUAUUGUUAUCCAUCAUGGAGUUACUUCCUCAUUGUCGUUUGAUUCUUUGGUGCAUUCUCUUGCCGUUAUUCACAAUUCUUCCACUCUAUCAAAAUCCGAGGAGAAAAGGCAAAGAACGAUGAAGAAAUUGCGUGAUGAGAUUGAUAAAGUAUUAAUUGGAAGAAAGAAAGAUGAAAAGGUAGAAAAUAUGGAAGAAGAUCUUACAAGAGCAAGAAUUUUGAUUAAACAAGCUUUUGAAAGUAACACUUCCAAUAUUAUUUCUCUUGAAGAUGAUGAUGUACAACCUCAUGUCAACAUAUACAAGAAUGCUUUCUCCUUUAAAAGGAGCUACUUAUUAAUGGAAAAGAUGUUCAAGAUUUAUAUUUAUGAAGAAGGGGAGCCACCUUUAUUUCAUCAUGGUCCAUGCAAAGGUAUAUACUCAAUGGAAGGCAUCUUCAUGAAUUUGAUAGAGAAGAGCAAUCAAUUUAGGACAAAUGAUCAAGAUGAAGCUCAUGUUUAUUUUCUUCCCUUUAGUGUGGUUAUGAUACUUGAACAUCUUUUUGAUCCAAUUGUACGUGACAAGGCUGUUUUAGAGCGCACAAUUCUUGAUUAUGUGGAUAUCAUAUCACACAAGUACCCUUUUUGGAAUAGGAGUCUUGGAGCCGAUCACUUCAUGCUUUCUUGCCACGAUUGGGGGCCGCGAGCAACAUGGUACCAUCCAAUAUUGUACUUCCAUUCGAUACGAGCAUUAUGCAACGCGAACACAUCAGAGAAUUUCAAUCCAAGAAAAGAUGCAUCAAUCCCAGAAAUCAAUCUAGCAAGUAGUGAAUUUGUUGGCCUAAACCGCGGAACACCCCCUUCAAAUCGUACCAUCCUUGCAUUCUUUGCAGGACGGAUGCAUGGCCAUAUUAGGCCUGCGCUCCUUACUCACUGGAAGGGCAAAGAUGAGGAUUUGCAAGUAUAUGAAGAGCUUCCGAAGGAACUUUCUUAUAAGGAAAUGAUGAAGAGAAGCAAGUUCUGUCUUUGCCCUAGUGGAUUCGAAGUUGCUAGCCCUCGAAUUGUGGAGGCUAUCUAUGCUGAAUGUGUGCCGGUUUUAAUCUCUCAAAGUUAUAUCCUUCCUUUUAGUGAUGUUCUUGAUUGGAGCACAUUUUCGGUCCAUGUUUCAGUUAGUGAAAUUCCAAAUCUGAAGAAAAUAUUGAUGGAUAUACCUUAUGAAAAGUACUUGCAAAUGCUGGAGGGCGUGAGGCAAGUACAACGCCAUUUUGUAAUGAACGAUCCUCCUAAGAGAUUCGAUGUUUUUCAUAUGAUUAUUCACUCGAUUUGGCUUCGAAGAUUGAAUGUACGUAUUCAUAGUUGAUAUACUUCAAGUUAUACUGAUGAUUUUUUGCUCAUAUUUUGCUCCUGUCAUAUUAUCUUGACUUAGUUUUCAAGGUUUGAUGUGUUGACAAUGCUAAAGCAAGAAAAACUACAUAAUUCUAUCUUGAUCAGCUUUGUGGUAAAUAAGGCUUUCAAGGUAUAGGCACAGGCGAAAAUGAAGCUUCAGGUGUCCAUACCCAUGAAAACCAUGUUAUAGUAUCGAGCAUCAAACAUUCACACCCCAAGAGGCCAAGAGGGCAAGAGCUACAUAAUAAAAGCACACCUACAUUUGUCGAAGCACCAUUCGAUUUACCAUGUAUCAUAUAGGGCUCGUAGUAACAGGACAAAGACUCAACUGCGCCUCAAGUUCAUCUUCUUUUGUGCAUAUUGAUUUCAGAAUCAGUUCAGAAUAAGCAAUCUUUGAUCUUUCAGAUCAUAAUUACACAUCAAAUAUGGAAUCACAUAGUUACUUGAGUAUUUAAAACAUAUUACCAAGAGUAUUUCUAUAAAGUAAACAGACGCAGGGGGAUUAAACAUGUAAA